AUGGACCUUGACGACGAGAAAUCCCUAGCGCUCGAACAGCGCAAGAUUCUCCUUUUCAACUGUAGCGAAAUCGUAGAUUUCAGCAGUGGCGAUACUAUUCUUCCUACACGCAUUACCUGCUACUGCCGCCACCACAACGAAAAAGUCGGGUUUUGCAUUAUUUUUGUAAUGAAAGACUGUUCCGGCCAAGUAAUAGCCCGCGGAGUCUCACCAGCAAUCAUGAUAACCGAUGAUCACAAGUCGUCAAAAACAAAACAGGCUAACGGCGUCGUCGGGCGACGACGAUCACGUGUGGAAAACGAGCGUCGGGGCAGUCACUCGAAAUUAGCCGAUAGAACAGCUGAAAGAACCGGGGACAGAUCGAUAGAUAGACCAAACACAACGCCAAUAUCGAUUUCGACUUUAUCUUCUAAUGGUUCUGCACAAUCGGCUACGAAUAUCUUUGCACAAGCAAGGUGUUUCGGCCUGGGAACUUCCGGGAAGCAGAAGAGACAAGCUAUUAAGCAAGAACCUCAAAUAGGCAGGAUCGUGCAAGGUAAUGAUGAAGGAGGACAGGAAAUAGUAGAAGAAGAUGGACAAAUUGGACUCAAAGUAGAGAAUGAAAGACAAACUCAGCAAAUCCAGACUUUGGGUGGCUAUUCUACUUCUCCUUCGACGCCUUUGUCACCAAUUUCUCCCAGCUCUCCCCGGCCUGCAUCGGCACCUUACCACAUUCCGGCCAAAUAUGAUCGUAAUGGUGAGUGA